UCCGGCUCCGGCUCCGCUCGGUGCGCGGCUCCCGGGGGUCCCGGCCCAUGGCGGGGAGCUGAGCCCCCCGACCCCCACCAUGCUCUGGGGGGGCUUCCUCCUGCUCUGCCUGCUCCGCGGGGCGCUGGGCGCAGGACGCCCCCCCGGCAGCGAGGCGCGGAGAGCUCGGGACGCGGCCGAAGGGACCCGCAUCAGCCAGGACCUGGGGGGUGGCAGCCUGGCCAUCGACACCCUGCCGGCCAACGAGACCCGCAUCGUGGAGGACAACCACAGCUACUACGUGUCGCGGAUCUACGGCCCGGGGGACGCGCGGCGCCGCGGGCUCUGGGUGGAGCUGGCCAACGCCAACGCCACCGGGAGCCACGUCCGGGUGCACGGGAUCCUCUCCAACACCCACCGGCAGGCCUCGAGGAUUGUCCUGUCCUUUGACUUCCCCUUCUACGGCCACCUCCUGCGGCAGGUCACCAUCGCCACCGGCGGUGAGCAGGGCCGGGACACGGGCUGGGAUCUGAAGGGCUGA